UUCCGCUUCCGGUGACGGCCGUGGUCAGUGCAGCCCCGGCUCCGGCUCCCCCGCCGAGGUGGUUGUUGUGGUUGUUGUGGUUGUCGUGCCCCCGGAGCCACCGCCGCCAUGCCGCUGGAGAACCUGGAGGAGGAGGGUCUGCCCAAGAACCCGGACCUGCGCAUCGCGCAGCUGCGCUUCCUGCUCAGCCUGCCCGAGCACCGCGGGGACGCGGCCGUGCGCGACGAGCUCAUGGCCGCCGUGCGCGAAAACAAUAUGGCCCCUUACUAUGAAGCCUUGUGUAAGUCUCUUGACUGGCCGAUGGAUAUGGAGCUAUUAAAUAAAAUGAAGAAGGCGAAUGAAGAAGAGUUGAAACGUUUGGAUGAUGAACUAGAGGAUGCAGAAAAAAAUUUGGGGGAGAGUGAAAUCCGGGAUGCAAUGAUGACCAAGGCUGAGUAUUUGUGUCGCAUUGGGGAUAAGGAAGGAGCACUCACUGCCUUUCGAAAGACAUAUGACAAAACCGUGGCUCUGGGCCACCGAUUGGAUAUUGUAUUCUACCUCCUAAGAAUUGGCUUAUUUUAUAUGGAUAAUGAUCUCAUCACACGAAACACUGAGAAGGCUAAAAGCCUAAUAGAAGAAGGUGGUGACUGGGACAGGAGAAAUCGCCUGAAAGUGUAUCAAGGUCUUUAUUGUGUGGCUAUUAGAGAUUUCAAGCAGGCAGCUGAACUCUUCCUUGACACUGUCUCCACAUUUACAUCUUAUGAGCUCAUGGACUACAAAACGUUUGUGACGUACACUGUCUACGUCAGCAUGAUCGCCUUAGAAAGGCCUGACCUCAGAGAAAAGGUCAUUAAGGGAGCAGAGAUUCUGGAAGUCUUGCACAGCCUGCCCACAGUGCGACAGUACCUCUUUUCACUAUAUGAAUGUCGUUAUUCAGUCUUCUUCCAGUCACUGGCCAUCGUUGAGCAGGAGAUGAAAAAGGACUGGCUCUUUGCUCCCCAUUAUCGAUACUAUGUCCGAGAGAUGAGAAUCCACGCAUACAGCCAGCUCUUGGAGUCCUACAGGUCACUGACACUCGGCUACAUGGCAGAAGCUUUUGGAGUUGGUGUGGAGUUCAUAGAUCAGGAACUUUCCAGAUUUAUUGCGGCUGGGAGACUACACUGCAAAAUAGAUAAAGUAAAUGAAAUUGUGGAAACCAACAGACCGGACAGCAAGAACUGGCAAUACCAAGAAACUAUCAAGAAGGGAGAUCUGCUGUUGAAUCGAGUUCAGAAACUUUCCAGGGUAAUUAAUAUGUGAGGCUCCAGGAAAGCAUACACAUACACGGCGAUAAUGGGAUAGUUUAUAAGAAGGUUUGGGAAACCUUCUAACAAACUUGUUGGAAUAAAGAUGUCCUUUGGUGAUAAAUACUUGGAAAUUUUAUAGUCUGCUUCAUUAAGUAAACAAUUCCACUGUAAAAAAUAAAGAAUACACUUUUGGUUUCAGUA